AUGGUUAAAGCAAAGACAACCGGGACAAGAAGGACGUCUAGUAGAGUAACUUCCUUACCACGUCGUUUAUUUUACAAGACGAAACGUGUUAUUAUGACACCUGUAAGAAAAGUCAAAACUCAUACUGCCGGAACUACCACAGCUCCUACCACGACUACUCAUAAAAGGAAACCAUUAUUCGGCGGUUUCACAAGAAGUCACAAAACUCCUGGAACUCACCCUGCUCAUAGAAAAAGAAAUCCCAAUAUGUUUGGAUUCGCCAGAAGGAGAAAAAAUCCUCAUACAACCGCUCAUACUACUACAUCUCCUAAAACCAAACUUUUUGCUUUAUUACACAAAAGGAUUUGA